GUUAUGACUUACUCAAAAGAAUAUCUACGGAGGUUAAAAUUAAUAUAAUUCAAGUGCUCGUAAUAACAACGUAUAAAUAAAUCACUUUUAUCGACGCAAAAUGUACUCAAACAUAAUCCUGCAAAGGCAAUGGUCAAAGUUAGCGUGCUUGUGCCGUUAUUCGUCGGUGGCGGAAGGUCAGCGGGCACCGCAGACUACCUCUAAUGACGGGAUAUCGCCUCCGCCUCGUGUUCCCAGAGGCCCUACUGACAUUCUACAGGCCUUAGCAGCUACUGUUGGACCAGACCCCACAGCCGCUCAUUACAAGUACCAUGAUGACCCUUACCUCAUCCCACUGUCAAACUACCGUAAGCGAGCCUAUGCACUGUCAGCGGAAGCUGGCCGUAAAGCAGCCGCAUGGAUCAGGGACCAGCACUCAGACCUGUUUUCCACUCGCCAGUGGGACCCCCCGGGCAAGAUGACCACUCCAUACUUCAAUGCUGAUCCGAGAAUAGAGGCCUUUGCGCCAAAACCCAUUUACACAGAUGAGAUCAAGGUAACAGAAGAAGAUUUAAGAUACACAAUAAGCAAUGCUCUUUUAGAAGAUUCUGUGAAAGUGUUCCAAUUGCUUGGGGGAUCAGAAGCAGUGAAUGAGGAGCUAAAACUGGACUUCUUGCAGUUGCUUUGCUUUUGUAACGAGAAGGAGCUGGAUUCUACUGAGUGGUUAGAAGAGCGGUGGUUCUCGGCAAAUGCCAGAGAACGACAGGCCGCCACUUGGAGAUUGGGUGGCCUGGCCGACAAAAUUUUUACAUCAAUGGAACCCAAAAGCCCAGAGGCAUAUUGUGCUAUCAUUCAAGGCAUGGCGAAAUACUAUCAGGCCGAAAGAGCUCACAUGUUAUAUCAAGAAGCGCUAGAGAAAGGCAUCCCACUUUCGACGGAGGUGUUCAACUCCUUGUUGAGUUGUAUCGGAUUCCUCAAAGAGGGCGCUGCUCUCCGAAUGGACGCUCUGAAAGAUCUGCUGAGGCAAAUGGCUGAGCAGGGUAUAUCCCCAAACCAGCAGACCCUGAGCUCCUGCCUGCGGUCCAUCUCCGCGUGGGGCGCGGGUCGGGCGCUGCAGCACCUCGCGCUUCAGGUCAUCGCAGAGUUCCAGAAACUGGACAUCCAGCCCGGCUUGUCGGCCUACUAUUAUCUGCUGUGCCUGUUUUGUAAAGAACGUGGGCCUCGCACAGAUAUAUUGUCGCUGAUUCUAAAUGAUUUGGAAAAGAGGGAUAGUUUAGAUGCCAAAGAAACCGCAGAUACUAAUUUCUUCAUAACGGCUAUGGGCGUGUGCAACGAUCACUUACAGGACAUAAAUAUGGCAGAGAGAGUACACGCUCUGCUGAUGAAGGGAGACAACUAUAAAUUGGUCGGCGACGCUUACAAAGAGAGCAUUUACUACAGACACUUCGUCACCGUAGCCUGCAGACACGCACCAUUCGAGAGAACAACGGCGUUACUAGACACGUUAGUUCCUAACGUCUACGUCCCAGAGCCGUCCGUUAUGGAAGAGAUAAUAAAAACGCUGGAGGUGGGUGGCGCGGGCGCGCGGCUGGCGCGCGUGUGGUCGCAGCUCGUGGUGUUCGGGCUGGCCAAGCGCGCCAGCCUAGUCGAGCGUCUGCUGGACGCCAUGGCCAACUGCUACCACUACCAGGAAGACGAGGUGAAGGCGCAGAUGCGAGCGGCGGCAGCGGACGUGAUCAAAUUCGGCAAGCUGGCUGAAGAGCAGCAGGAAAGCCGGGAGAUGCGCUCGCCUGUACAGAAGCUGUCAGCGACAGCGCUCAGCAACAUCAUCGAGAUGUGCUCGGACGUGCCGGACAAGUCGGACCCGAUGUGGGACGUGGUGCUGGACACGCUGGACAGCUUACGGCGCGAGGAGGCGCCCGGCGUCCCCGCGCGCCCCGAGAUCUUCGCCGAGACCGCCAAGAAGGCUGCCGCUGUCGGGAAACCGGCGGUUGCUGCUACGGCGGUGACAUACCUCGCCGAGUGCGGGUUCGAAGAGGCGGCCCCGGCGUCGGUGGAGGCGCUGGCCGUGAUGCUGAACCGGCCGCAGGAGGACGUGGUGCUGCUGCUGCAGAACCCUGAGGGUCUGGCCGCGCUGCACCCCUCCGCCGCAGUCGCCGCUGAAGCCUACCAUCUGGCUAAGACUGGAACACCUAUGAGAGAGAGGGACGCGUCGAGGUCGAGCUCCAGCUCGGACAGCAGCGACUCUUCCUCCGACGACGAAUAACCACUCAUUAAGGUAUAAUUAAGUAGUUUAUUUAAUAAAAUAUAUAGAUUA